AUGGCGAGCACCACUGCGGCCGGUACAAGCAUAUCAAUACGUUUGAAAAACCUUGCAAUUAAAUCAAUUGCCCAAAGAUGUGUAGAAGUAGACUCAAUCAUCCAGUCAUCAGGAGGGAAGGAGCUGAGAAAUGCUCUCCCAGACCUGUUAGAGCACAUCUUUGGCCUGGAUUUGGAGCCUGGAUGGGGACUGGACAUGCUCUGUCGUUCUACUAACACACAUGACUUUGAUGCUGUUAGGAAACUUUUAGGUCCUGAGGGUCCACUUUUUACACUGAUUAGUAGUCUACAAGGAGACCAGUACAUCAGCUAUGAAUUUCCAACAAGAUAUUUACCUACCCCUACUAGAAACAUCAUUGAGGAAGGAGGGAUUCCACUAUUUUAUGCCAAUAAGUUACAGUAUCAGAAUUAUGGGCGACCAACGGUGGUGCUAAAUAUCCUUUUUGGAAUAUAAACUUAUGCAUUUGAGUGUUACAUGUUCCACUUUGUGUAUUGCCUGGUAAGUCCAGCUUGGCAGAAAAGGAACCCGAGUUGGAACACGCUGACAGACUGUUUAUAUCCUUGUCUCCUAGACGAUUAUCUUAACUACUUCUUGCCACUACACAAAGACAGUCUGCCAGCGAUCCCCCAUAAUGUCUCUCCCAUGCGAAGUCCAAUGGCACACUCAAUCAUAGGAAGUAAAUCACCAAACAAUGUGACGCCACCCAAGACUAGGUCUAGGUUAGGUCUACUGAAGUCAAGCUUUACAACCAUGCCGAAACAACAUUCCCAGGGAUCACCUGUUUUUGGUCAGAGUGAGGCUGAAACAUGGCGUUCGGAAACAUUGCUCCAGAUUUUAGCUGAGUUUUGGCUGAAUCAGAACCCAGUGGAGGUAGAGAGACAGCUACUAACAGGCAAUGCUAUGACAAUGUCUGCCCAUGCCCGACGGGCUCGAGGACCGUUUGACUAUUUGUAUGAACACUUCAUGCCAAGCAAGAACCACACACGCCUAGUGCGCAUGCUCAUCAAACAUGUCCAUAACUUUGUCAAUACAGUGCCCCAGGAUGUUUUGACAUCAUCGUACCAGACCCAUCUGGUGUCGCCCCUUGAUGAAUUUAAAAAAAGUCUACUCCCACACAUCAUCCAGAAAAAACUCUAUGCCUUCCUGAGACAUGGAUUUGACCGCUGGCCACUGGAUUCAUCUUUCAGACUGAUGUUGGAAACCUGGCUGACAUACAUUCAGCCAUGGCGUUACAUUCCCAACACCAACAACAACCGUACCAAGAUCCGCCGAGACAGUGAUCCCGAAACCAAAGCUGUGGAUGAAGGCCGCUGGCACCCCUUUAUAGAGGAUAACUUGCUGUUUUACACUGUGUUGUUCCAAGAGUUCCUGUGUCGUGUGUUUCGUAUGGACCUCACUGCUCCUAUUAAUGGUCUAAUGCUGUACAGAGUAGCAAAGGUAUUCAGCCUCCAAAACUUGUCAGCCAUAAUACAAACAGCUGAGCGUGAUCUGUGUACCUCCCUGUACCGAUCGUUACGACUGUCUCCGUCCCAUGAUCUAGGAGGUAGCUAUCUGUCCCAAGAGACCAACCUCAGUCUGCACACACAGAUCUCGGAGCUUGAGAGAUCUGGUUUCCAGUAUUCUCCAAUGUUUGGACCAGCCGCUGACCCCACAAUGCAAGCUGUGACCGAUGUGAUGAAACAGAUAUGUCAGGCUAAGACAAGAAUCACCACUGUGGAGUCUUCACGGACAAAACAAUCCAAGUCUGGUCUGUCUUCACUUUUUGAUAUGUCAAGCUGGUUUGAGGACCAAAACAAGAGCUUUGGAGACCUUAGUGUUGCUGAGGUGAAGAAGCUUCAUGGUUACCUUGAGAUGAGUGUCAGAGGAUUAUGUUCAUUAUUUGAAAUCCCACCUAUCGAGUACCAGACGUAUGGUGUUUGUUCCACUCUGCAUAACCAAACCUCAGCUUUGGGACAAACAUCAUUUCUGGGCAGUCUGUCUGAGCCAGGGACCCCAGACUGUGAGGAGACAGAGAGUGGAGUCCGACUUACACCACUUGGUCGAUAUCAGAUGAUGAAUCGGAUGAAAAAGUUUGAUAUUGGUUAUCAAGGAGACCCAGCCUUACAGCCGAUUAGAAGUUUUGAGAAUGCCUUACUUGUACGAUUACUCCAUCAGUUCUGUUUGUUUAUUAACACACAUUUCCAUUCGGAGAUUGUGAACUUAUACUACAGAGAAGGGUUCCUAGGUAAGAUGUGUCAGGUGUAUCUGUCCCCACCCCUCACACCAGACAAAAAACUCAAUUCUCCAAUUUCAAAAAAUCUACAAGAAGAACUUGAAACACCAAGACUUAGUUUACGCUUUUUGGCAAAUUAUCGUAACUUGGUGUAUCUAGGAAUUGUGUAUAUGUUUUUAAGAUUUCUGUUCGGACUAAGUCCGAUGGGAUACUUCUUCUUUCUGUUGUUCUGUGGACUUGUGAUUGGGUUCCUUCGAGCGUUAGCACAACCCAGGCAAAUGGCACACACAGAAAGUGAUACGUGAAGAGGUAUUCCUUGUAGUAUAGCUAAGUUGUAAAACAAGUCACAUGCUGGACGCAUUAUAUGAGUGGAAAAUUACGAUAGACUACAGCCAUGCCUGUCCUGGAACCAUGAUGUUAACACUUCUGGAAAAUGUUGACAAUUAUAAAGACUACAACAGCUUAUGUUUUCCCAUCUUUAGUUACAAGGCAGGUCAGAAUCACAUACCUGUGAAGGUUAGGAUUGCGGAUGAUCACAGAGAUCUCACAGAAGAUGGUGCAGGGAUCGAGUGUUCAUUUUCAUUUCAUAUAGCAUAACAUAUAUGCAUAUAUAUAUAUAUGUAUAAAUAUAUGAGGAAUUAACACACAAAAAAGAGAAAGAGAAAAUUAAUUUAGACCAAUUACCACAGUGUAUAUAUUACAAAAUCAUCAUUUGCAAAUAUUGCAAUAUUUCAAUAUUUUAUUUUCAGGAAAGCAAAGAUGUAAAACAUCUGUCUUGUAUUGAAACAUUGUUUAAUUGAUUUCUGUUGACAAUAAGGAAUUUUUGUGUUUUCAAAGAGAGAGAGAGUUCCAACAACUUAUAACUUACAUUGUCUUUUUAGCUGACCAUCAUUAGAUAAAACAUUAUUUUCUCAAUUUCUUUAGAGAAUAUUUUGAGGUUUGAAUAGGUGGUAAAGCUAUGCAAAUCACCCUACAGCCAUGAUCUGUCAUUCUUUUGUAAACGUGUUUUGUUAUUGUUAUUUUGAGAUUAUCAGAAAAAUAAAAUGGCCGACAAGCUACCAUCUCUGAUUUGGCAGACAAAAGAUUAUAAUUACUAUUUCUUUUUUUUAAUUUCAUUUGAUUAAAAGCAAAAAUAGAAGAAAGAAAAGAAAGGAAAGGAUCCAACUUUUAUAGAACAAUUAAAGAUCAAACAACAAUGGGCACCAAGAUCCCUCAAGGAUCUUUGUAACAAAAAUAAAACAAAAUACUCACAUACAUAACAAGGUGACCAGAAAUUCAGCAUAUUGUGUUGUCGAUAUUUAUUUUUAUAAGCAAGAUAUAGACUGACCUAAUGUAAUAUGAAACCAGACCGGUAUUGUGUGAAAGUGGCCUUAAUACAUAUUACAAUUGCAUAAUUAUGUAUAUUCAUAGCUGUUAAAGUACCUGUAAAAGUAGAGGCUUGAUGCGAGAGUAAGUGAUCAAGUGGUGCUGUAUACAGUUAACUGUUUGGGAGCCUUGCAGUUAAAUUAUAUUUACAUGUAACUUACAGAUGAUUGGUGAGAAAUGCUUAAUGAUAUUACACUACAAGUUUAGCAAUAUCUUGCUGUUAACUAGCAUAUCUUGUACACAAUUCAAAUUAAA